GUGCGCUCCAGAGCCGACAUUAAACCGCCGAAGAAGAAGGAGCUUCCGGUUUGGUUUGUUGUGAUUUGAGUUCCCCUGACAGCAGCAGUUAGCAGUUAGCAGUUAGCUUCAAGCUAAACAUGUCAGCCACAGAGGACGACACGGAGCUGCGGGACCUGCUGAUCCAGAACCUGGAGAAUAACGGAGUCCUCAACAAACUCAAGGCAGAGAUGAGGGCAGCGGUGUUCCUGGCGAUGGAGGAGCAGGACAGACUGGAGAACAAAACUCCUCUGAUCAACGAGAACCUGAAGAAAUGUCUCAACACUAAAGAUGGCCGUCUGGUGGUCGGGCUGAUCGUGGACUUCCUGCAGGUCUUUAACCUGGACUUCAGCCUCGCCGUGUUCCAGCCGGAGAUCAACUCGCUGAACAGUGUGGACAGCAGGGACCUGGUCUGCAGAGAUCUGGGUCUGUCAGAGUCGGAGGUGAACAGGAACUCUCCUCUGCUGCUGGAGCUCGUCAGGAGAGGACGACACAACGUCACCGAGGGAGACAAAAGUAGAGACAUCCUAAAGGUGGUUCAGGAUGAGGAGAAGAUCAGCUCUCCACCGGUCAGUAAGAUCCCCAGAUAUAAAGGAGGACACAGUCACACAGCAGCCAAGGAGCCGGAGGGCGACUCGUCUCUGGGGAAAGCUGACUUCCAGCCGACGGGUUUCAGACUCAGCACGGCGUCCGACAGGAAGAGGGACCUGGACCAGGACCAGGACCUGGACCUGGACCUGGAGGUGGAGGUGGAGGACGAUCCCGAGGAAGGAGACUCCUUCUUCGAUGACCCGCUGCCCAAACCACAGAAAACCUACGGCUGUGUUGACCCCCUGAGGGAGGAGUGUCUUGCUGGGCCCGUCGUGUCCCCCCUGAGGCGAGGCAAAAGCCUCAGCGAUCUGUCUGUCCAGGCUGCUGACUCAGAGGAGGAGCCUGAUGACCACAGUCAGACCUCUGAGCUCAGGAAGGGGGAGGCGUCCGGGGCCAGAGUGAGUCCAGCGGGGUCCCUGUCAGAGACCCAGAGACCCAGAGGGGGCAGCAGCACCUCAGAGAAGAGCCACAGCAGGAACAGCCACAGCUUAAAGGCAGCAGCGCCGAGCGCCAGAGAGCGAGGCUUCAGAGACUCAAAGGCCCCGAACGACAAAACUGGAUCUCUGCAUUUAGAUGACGACGUUGAAUAUGACGAUGACUUCAACAGCCAUCGGUCGGAUCUGUCCAGGAGUGAGGUCAGCAUCGGGGAGGAGAUCGAGGAAGUUUCCAUCGAGGGACCUGACAACAGUGACAAGUUUGAUGACAUCACUCAGGACCUGAGCGUCUCUCAGCUCAGCCAGAGUCACGGAGCCGACUACAUGGAGGAGGUGGCCUGACCCUGCUCCCAGCAUGCACCUCUUCGUAUCGCCCAAUAUUUAAGUGUGUACAGUUUGAAUGAGAGAAAUAAAGUAGUUUGUGUUGAGAGUUU